GUAGCCCUGGCAAAUCAACUCAGCUGUUCUUUUUUCAUGGAAGAAGAAAAUUGACAACAAAUUGUAAUUUGCUCAAAUUGUUUUAAAAUCUUUCUAGUAAAUCACGUUAAAGUUAAAAAUAAGCAAAUAUGGAUCCCGCGCUGCUUCGCGAACGCGAAGCGUUCAAAAAACGGGCAAUGGCAACGCCAACCGUUGAAAAGAAAAACAGAACGGAAAGAGCACCAGCACCACCCAGCAGAGAUGACUCCCAAAAGAAAAUGCGACCACCGACGGCUCCUAAGCUGGAUGCUUCAACGUAUAAGACGAUGUCGGGUAGCUCCCAAUAUCGAUUUGGAGUGUUGGCCAAAAUAGUAAAGUUCAUGCGCACCCGUCACCAGGAUGGCGAUGAUCAUCCUUUAAGCAUUGAGGAGAUACUAGACGAGACCAAUCAGCUGGAUAUUGGUCAAUCUGUGAAAAUUUGGCUGGCUGGAGAAGCGCUCAGCAACAAUCCCAAGAUUGAUGUCACACCAGAUGGCACAAAGUUUAGCUUUAAGCCCGUCUACAAAAUAAAAGACGGCAAGACUCUGAUGCGUCUGCUAAAACAACACGACUUGAAGGGACUGGGUGGCAUUUUACUGGAGGACGUACAAGAAUCUCUGCCGCAUUGCGAAAAGGUUUUAAAAAAUCGUGCAGCCGAAAUUCUGUUUAUAAUACGACCCAUUGACAAAAAGAAGAUAUUGUUUUAUAACGAUAGAACCGCCAAUUUUGCAGUCGAUGACGAAUUUCAGAAACUGUGGCGCUCCGCCACAGUCGAUGCCAUGGACGAUGCCAAAAUUGAUGAAUACCUUGAGAAACAAGGCAUACGUUCAAUGCAAGAUCAUGGUCUCAAGAAACCCGUUCCCAAGCGCAAGAAGGCGGCUAACAAGAAGCGACAGUUCAAGAAACCCAGAGAUAAUGAGCAUUUGGCUGAUGUUUUGGAGACCUAUGAGGACAACACCUUGACACUAAAGGGCGCGAACCCAACGUAGAUUAACUAAAAUAUUCUAUAACUAAUUAAUAUGUAAAAUAUAUAUAGAAGUAAUAAAGAAAUCAGUUUUUUUUGCUGACCUUGCACAAAUA